AUGAAAGAGAAAGUCGUGACAGUCGGUGUUAAUGGUGGUGAACGGUGGCGUCAAUCGGUGGUAAUGGUGGCGGCAAUCGCUGGUGAUGGUGGUGCCAUCGAAAGGUGUUUGAUUUCGAAAGGUGUUGUUUCGGCUAAUCCAUUCAUAACCGAUGGUGGUGAUUUCGAAAUUGUGGCUACGUAUGAUGGGUGGAAAAUUAGGGUUUAUGACGACUGGCGAUCGAUUCACGAUGUUGUCUAUCUCACAAGGGUUUUGAAAGGGUAUCAAGAGUUCCCUGAUCUUUGCUAAAGCAUCUGGAUUUGAAGCUUGGUGAAUUCAAUGAAGAAUUAGCAAAGCUUGCUAAACAAGCUGAAGAGUGAAGAGGCCAACAACAUUCAACCAUUAUGAUGAAUGUACAUAACAUGCAUGCAUACAUACAUGAAAUGGCCCGAUGGUUUUCAUAAAACGACAGUGUUUGAUUGUGGAUGGAAUUAUAGAAGAAAUUGAGAAAAUUCUGUUUUGUUUAGUAUAUGAAGGGAUUAGGUUAUUAAUAUACCAAACUUUGUUAGCGGAUGUUUUAUCAAGUCAUAAAGUUAUGCCAUGAAUUGUAUGUAUUUUGUUGGUUCAAUUUGUAAC